AUGGAGGAUCUGAAAACUUCGGAGCGAUUUUUCCACAAGUCCUCGUUCAGCAUCAGCAGCCUGUUGUGGAGACGAGAGGGGGUGAUGGGUGACCAGGACUCUCCCUUUCCGUCCCAGAAACUGCGCUCCGCACAUCCAGAGAAACCCAAUCAAGAGGAAAAGUUUGACAAUGAAAAGAACUGCGAAACCCCAAAGCAGUGCGCUAAGGUGGAGACUAAACCGGUGCCUGCAAGUGGAAAACGAGAAGUAAAUAAGGGAGAAUCCAAGAAAAGCGGGGGAGCAGAGGAAAGCGGCAAACCUGAGAAGCCGCCAUUCAGUUACAACGCGCUCAUCAUGAUGGCGAUCCGCCAGAGCCCGGAGGGACGGCUCACACUCAACGGCAUCUAUGAGUUUAUCAUGGACAACUUUCCAUACUACAGACAGAACAGACAAGGGUGGCAAAAUUCAAUCAGGCACAACCUGAGUCUGAACAAGUGUUUCGUUAAAGUGCCGCGCCACUACGACGACCCAGGCAAAGGCAACUACUGGAUGCUGGACCCCUGCAGUGAGGACGUCUUCAUAGGCGGCACGUCAGGGAAGCUCCGGCGCAGGGCCGCGUCUGGCACCAGAGCCAAGCUUGCACUGAAAAGAGGAGGAGCAGGUCGUCUGAUGUCCUCCGGCACUGCAACCAGCGUGACCUUGGCCGCAGCGGGUUCCUUUUACUGGCCGGUGCCACCGUUUCUGCCUCUGCAAACACCAGUGCGCACCCACCUCGGCGCAGGGACUUAUCUGAGUGCUCAUCCUCGCUUCUCCAACCACGCCACAUCGGUUGUCUCACAGAGGUCCCGGCUGAGUGCAGCAAGUGCUACAGACGCCGACCGGUUCGUGCAGACGCACCAGGAGAUGUCUUACAUUGGAGUCAGCUGCGCGCAAUCCCGCCGCCAUCAGAUCGGCACUGCCUGCACCGCUUUCUCCGCAUCCAUCCCUGCAUGCACACUGCCGCUGUCGGAUCCGUGUUCUUUUAACAUGAUCUCCGGACAAGCCAGCUAUUUUUACUCGCAUCAAAUACCAUGUACCGCAACUUUUAGUCCGUGCCAGGAGGAGUGCGCAACGACCAAGACGUCUCCGGGACAAUUUUUAUCCAAGAGCGGCCACUCAGACCUCGGAGGAUGCUGUAAUGACUUUCCAAAUUAUUGCCCUCAGAUCAGUUCAAGCCCUUCUUCGACUUGGAAUAUAGAAAAAUAG